AUGGAAAGUGAAGCUCGAAAUGCCGAUCAAAUUACGUCGAAAUUGCGAGAUAUUCGAUUAAAAUGCACCGAUUUUGGAGGAAUCUACAACAAUCUCCUAAACAUACGCAAAAGCGGCUCGAACGAUUUUGAUGUUUUCAAGGCGGCCAUGGACCAAUAUGAAAAAACAACGCCUACACGCAAAGCUUUUCCGUAUAUGAAGCCGUGGCUAAAAUUGAAAGACUCCCCAAAAUGGAAAGAGCAAACGGAAGGAAGUUCCCAAUCUUCCGGUUCAAAGCGUUCGAGAAACCCCGAUGGAGCUUCUCAACAAUCGGACGGCCGAACACACAUCGACAUCAACGACGAUCCGAUAGAUCUUGAAACCGACCAACCUCUUCCUCGGCCCGUUGGAAGAAAUAAAGCAAAAAAAGCGGCGUCAACAUCUUCGAAUUCUAGUGUUAUGGAUAUGUUCGGCGAUAAAUUUGAUCGAUAUGUGCAGCUUCAGGAAACGAAGGCCGAGGUGAUGACUCGGAUGGAACAAAAAAUGAUCGAAGCACAAACAUUAUUUCAAGAGGCACAAGAGACACUUCAAACAAAAACCGACAUGGAAAUCUUGAAAAUGAAAGCGGACGACCUUGAGGGCAAAGACUUGGAACUUUUUCUAGCAAUGAAAGAGUCGGUUCGAGCCCGACGUAGGCGUAGGGGGGUAGUUUAUUUUAUGUAUGGUUGGAAUUUUUAG